AUGCGGGGGAUUCGAUUUAAUUCCGAGCUGCACCUGCCCAAAGGGCCCAGCCUGGCUCCUCUCUACCCGCACCCGCGCCGCGUUGUGGGGACCACGCUGUCCUUGGGCUCCCAGCCCGUGGCUGCGGGCAGCGUCCACCCCAUCACCGUCCGUGCUGGGCCGAGCCCUCCCCGCGGCUGCGCUCCGGCUCUCGGUGUGGUGGGUGCCUUUGCUCAUUCGACGGUGACGGUGCCUCCAGCUCCUCCCGUCCAGCUGAGGAUCAUCUUUUGGACUGGAAGCGACAAAAUUCACAGCUCGGAGCAUCCCAGCUGGGUGGUAGCUCCCAGAAUUGUUGGUCUAAGGGACGGCAGCUGGUUGAGAGCCUCGAGCAGCGAGAGGAGCCUGCGGCAGACCCAGCUCCCGCGUGCCACCUUCUUGGCGGCCACCACCAAAGCCUCCGAGCACGAGAAGAUGGAGCUGGAGGAGCGUCCCCAGUUUUGGGCAGUAUCCUUCAAGGUGUGGAAGAGAGAAAGCCCAGAAGAGAGCAUGAACUACAGGAGAAGACGGACAUCCAGUGUGGAGGAGAGAGACAUAACGGUCUUCAGCAGCGUGCCCUGGGUGCCAAGAAGGCACCCCUGGGAGGCUGCGGGGCAGAGCCUGGGGGGACCAGAGUCGGGGAGAACUUCAGCAGGCGCCGUGGGAUCCCCCCAGCCGGGAGCGCGGGACCGGCACGAAACCCCAGAGGAAUCAGAACAGCGCUCCAAUUCGGUUCCACCCAACAACGGGAACUCCGGAGUGAACACGAACAGCGAACGGGAGGAGGAGAAGGACCAGCAGCACCAGAAUGUGUCUGAGCAGCACAGCAGCCUGGGGCAGCAGGGCGACAGCCAGGGUGGUGCUGGGCAAGACAGUGGUCCAAGCAGCAGCAGCCAAGGCGGCAACACAAGUCCCCAGGCCAGCAGCCCCGGGAGCCAGGCCAGUAGCCCCAGUAACCAGGCCAACAACCCCGGUAGCCAGGGUAACAGCCCCAGUAACCAGGCAAACAGCCCCAGUAACCAGGCCAGCAACCCCGGUAGCCAGCGUAACAGCCCCAGUAACCAGGCCAGCAACCCCAGUAACCAGGCCAGCAACCCCGGUAGCCAGACCAGUGACACCCAGAACCAGGGCAACAACCAGGACAGCAGCAACAAGGACAACGGUCAGGAUGGCAGCAACCAAGGUGGUGGCAACGAGAACCAGGGCGAGAACCCGGACACCAACCAGAACCAGGACACCAACAAGGACACCAGCAACGAGAACCACGUUGACAACCAGGGUGGCAACGACCAGGACCACAGCGAUGACAAGCACAGCGGCAGCAACGACGCAAACCAGGGCAACAACCAGGAGAAUAAGGACAGGAUCCAGGGCAACAACCAGGGCAGCAACAGCAAUAACCAGGGCAACAACCAGGAGAAUAAGGACAGGAACGAGGAGGAUAAGGACAGGAACCAGGGCAACAACCAGGAGGUUAACAACAGGAGCCAGGAGGGUAACGACAGGAGCCAGGGCAACAACCAGGGCAGCAACCUCGAGAACCAGGGCAGCGACGGCAAUAACCAGGGCAACAACCGGGAUAAUAACGACGGGAGCCAGGAGAAGAAGGACAAGAACCACGGUGACAACCAGGGCAGCGACGGCAAUAACCAGGCCACCAACCAGGGUGAUCAAGUGGGCUCGCCGAAAGACAAAAGCCCGUCACCGCCACCAACUUCCUCCGCUGCUGAGAGCGACAGCUUUUUAGACGAUGGAGGAAGCCCCGGCGAGGAAGAGGAAGGGGCGAAAGAAGGCAGCGAUGCCUCCUCCUCUAAUAAGGAGAGAGAGAAGAGCAUCCCUUCCCUGCCCAGGGACCAGUCGGAGAGCAGCCACUUCUUCGCCUACCUGGUGACCACGGCUGUGAUCGUUGCCGCCUUGUACGUGGCGUAUCACAACAAGCGCAAGAUCAUUGCUUUUGCUCUGGAAGGGAAAAGGUCAAGAAGUGGUCGACGGCCCAAAUCCGGCGAUUAUCAGAGGCUGGAUCAGAAG